GCGCACUUAGUCGCAAUGUACGCUAACAAACGGAAACUAGUAAUCGGCCAGCUGGGCCUCUGGCUCUGCCUCUGCCAGGAGCUGUGCUGGGCGCAAAAUGCCAGCACCGUGGUCUGGGAGCCAAGCACUGCCAAUAAGCGCGAGGUGGGCAACAGAUUGGAUUAUGCGGGCAUUAACAUAGCCAAAAGCUAUGAUCCGCCACCGGAAUUCUAUAGAGGACCGGGCACCACAUCCGGCAGCGGCAGCUCCACAGCCAGCCAAACUACGGGCGUCGGCAGCGGCACGCAGCUGGGCAACGUGGGUGAAUCGCUCAGCGAGGCGUACAACAAAUGGCGUCAGAGCACCGCGAGCCAGCACGAGCGGAUCAGUGUGGGUCAUUUUGGCGCUGGUCUUGGCACGCAUAUACAAAGUCCACAUGGACACGCCAGCUAUGCCUACGAAGGACAUCCCUAUGAGUAUGUUGGAGGCGCCGGCCAUGGUGGCUACUAUGGCGGCAGCGGCAGCAGUGCCGAGGCGGGCAUACCAUUCGAUGUAUAUGGCACGCGACCAGGUCAUGGCUCACAUCAUGUCCAACAUUAUCCGAGCACGGGCGGCGGCGAGUACGCCUAUCUGGACGCACACGAUAUAGCCAGCCACAAGGGACCGGCGGAGUUGUCACAGAAAGCGCUGCUGGCCAAGAGUUUUCUCAUACCGCUGGCCAGUGCUGCAGUGCUGGGCAUAGCCGCUGCUCUGGUCAGUAAUCCGCUGCUGCUGCAGCUGGGCACCGUGUCCGGUGUCGGCGGUGGAUUUGCGCCCGUUGUGGGCAAACGCAAGAGACGGGCGCUGCGUCGCGCCUACUCAGCGCAUAAAUAACGACAAUUAAAUAUUUUAUCGAAAUGCUUGCCAAAUAAAACGGGCAAUCGUAAAUAUCUGACAAGAAGAAAAUGUAACUCUGCAAAUCCUUUAACUAACAAUUCUAUUCUAUUUCAAACAUAACUCAUGUUAAUAAUGUGGCGGCAAAUAGUGUACAGCAAAAGUUAUCGAUAGCAACAGCUCGGCAGCGCUGUUAACUAACAGACUCUGUUAAGCUGCUGCAAGGGCUGUUAAAUUUGAAUUUGUAUUUUGGUUUCUACGAAUUUAAGCUAAUUAUAUAAAAUAGAGCAGCAAAUUAAAUUUAAGAGCUAAUAAUUGCUGUAAAAAGUAGCAAAGCCGUCGAAUUGUAAAUCUUAAAUGUAUAUCAAAUUUGACCCACUCUAUUGACCGUGUGACUAUUGUCCUUAACAGCUCUUUAAGUUAACUAAAAAUAGUAACACGCUUCUUGGCCACAACUCAUUUAGAGCUCAGACAGAUACAACGACUCCACAUGGCGACACACACACACACA